AUGGCCAUGAUAGCGAGUCCAAACGAGCUUGUUUCGCUUGCUACCACUCUGACACUGAGUCGAGACCGCAAGCUCCGGUUCUGGACCAGUGCAUGGGCAACCACCCUCCAGCACGAGGAGCAGCUACCCCUGUUGGAUCUAUCCGGAAGCACAGUCUCUAUUGAGCUUCGGGACUCUCCGCAGCAGCAGCUUGACCCACGUGUUGGCAACUACAUUCGUAUUGUAUCGGAAAGCCGAUCGGAAUCAGCCGUCGAAGGCUGUUGCAGCCCCUCGUUCUGCGUGCUGGUGUUUGUUUGUGACGAAGCAGCGCCCUACUUUAUCAUGUUCCACGUUCUGGGCGAUGCGCAAGGUCGGAUCACAGACGUCCAACCUGUCAUGCGCAAGGUUUCGCAGCACGAUGGGGUGGUACGUGACGGCCACGCAGAGGACUCACAAGCAUACUGGACAUUGUGGGCGCUAUGGAAGCGGUCUCAGGAGUCAGUGGUCGCCUACUCGCACUUUAUUUUGCACCACAGCGGAGCAGGUGGGCUGAGGUGCGAGGACCACCCGAUUUUUGGCAAGCGCUGGUACACAGCGAUCUCUCCCUGCAAAAGAGCGAUAUCGAAGCAAGGCUGGCCCAGACCGUGGAUACUGGUGGCCAAAGUGGGAGAGUCGGAUAGUGGUGUGCAGCCGCUUGAUAUUGAAAAGGCGUUCUUGGACCAUUUGUUUAACCCGUCGCGCUUCGAUCGUGGUGUGCUCGAGCAUGCUCUUGAUCAGUACAUGGCGUGGGCUAGCGGCCAUGGGUUCGACCUGCCUGCAGAAACUCACGAAAUCACAGCGUCGAGUCUGCGGCUGCGCCAGCGUGUUGCCAGCGCUGUGGGCUCAUUCCUGCAGGUGCAGACCAGCCCCAAAGAUGGCUCCAUGCUGGUGGGCGAGUACCAUCGGUCGUUAUUCACCGAGUGGAUGCGGUAUUCAACUCUAUGUGCGCGAGUCCAGCUAGGCGGCAAUGCGCUGCACGUCGUCCAAGCAGCUGACGAGGUUGAGUGUAUGCGUGCCAUCAUGGAGAGUGAUCCGGCGGCGUCGGUUCUGCUCAGUGUUCCCGAAUACAUGGUUGCGCAGUCAUAUCCGCUACUGGCAAAGAGCAAUGCGCGCGCUGAGAUUGCACGCUUCUUGGCUGCCUCGUCGUAUUUAGCAGGCGUUGCCCGCGAGCCUAGCAUCUCAACACUGGUAUCGUACGAGGUGCGCGCAAUGGAGCUGUUCGAGAAACAUGUUGCCGGCUCGGUUUCAGCAAAACAUGCCCAAUAUGUCGGUCGCAUGCUUGGCUUGUGCCGGGCGCCUGGCGAUACUGCCUGCCACAUUCUUAGCGCGCUGAUUCCAGUCUACAGAAUUCGCCAGGCCCAAUUGGCGAUGCAGAAAAGCGCGUUGAAGUCGAGCUGCACCAUGGAUGGCCUGCUCCUUUCUGGCUUUGCGAAAGCUAACCGUGCCCGGCUCGAACUCUCUCGUGACCUUAUGCUGCUGCUGGUCUGCGCUGUGUACUAUUGUGACCGGUGGUGGUCUGUGAAGCUACACAACAUGCCCGAGCUGCUGGCGAUUUGCACCAAAGCGCUGAACCAGUUUGCGCUGAUCCAGUGGGUGGCUGACCAAUCGUUAAACUCGCCCAGCGGUGCCGUCGAUGAUAGCACGGGUGAUGGAUUCCUGGGCAAAUUUUCGGUGCUCAACAUUGACCUUUGCAACGACACGACACUCAGCCAUAGCGCCGAGGGAGGGGGAGAGACGAGCAGCUCCGAGUUUGUCUACAGUCUUCUCCACGACAUUGUCAGUCGCAACUUCUCACUGCACAUUGUUGACCGUUCGCGUGCCUUUGCCGACAUGGUGGCAGAUGGUGUGCUUCAAAUGUAUGCCCAUCUGGGCGUUACAGGCCCGCAAGGCCCAGGGCUGCAGGCACGCGGCACCCUUGUCGAGUUCGCUGCCAAGCUGGAGAGGUCGGCAACGGCCGAAGUGACCGAGGGCUUCUUGCAAUUCCUACCCAAGAGCACUGCACUCAGCUUCCUCAGUGGCCUGGUCUCGAUGCGCCUGCGCGAAACAUGUUUGAAUCUGGCACAUCAGUUUGAACAUGUCGGUCGCUUCUGCCACUUGGCGCUCGAGGCGUUGCAGGAGGAGAGUCGGAUGGACGGUUUCGAGCUUGAUGAAGCCACAGCUUUUGAUCUGCGUCGCGAUCUGUGGUUCAAGAUAUUCCACGCCGAGCUCGAAUGCGCCCACUACGAGGAUGCAUAUAUGGCUAUGAUGGCUAUCCCCGAUAAGACGCUGCAGCUGGACUGCUUGCGGCACAUGCUGGGCGUCCUGUGCGAGCGCGAAGGCGGUGUGGCAGUCCUGUGCCGAUUCGGAUUCCCAGGCAUGCAGGAGGAGGUCGAGCGCAAUCUGCUGUUCAAGGCACGCGAGGUCAACUAUUACAAGAUCCUCUAUGCGUUCCAUGUCUACCGUGGCAACUACCGCAAUGCUGCCUCGGCCAUGUACCAGUAUGCCUGCCGCCUCGGCCAGCUCAUGGUGCGCGAAGGUGACUUUGCCUCGAUGCUGGUCGAUCAGGGCCAAGGCGCUGCUGGCGUGUAUCAACAGGCUUGCAGCUUGUUGACAAGCAGGGCGGCCUCGGGCAAUAGCCGCAAACGCCGCUGCAUCGCUGUUGGACGCUACGACGCUGGGACGAAAGGUCGAUGGCAUCGACAUCGUCGAAAUAGACGACAUCCGGCGGCGAGUAUGCCCUGUGCAUGGCACGGAUCACACUCGGCGCUCACUUUUGGCGACCUGUUUUCGCGCGAUGUUGCCAUGGAGCCAGAGGAUGCGGUUGCUCUGUUUGUCAAGGCAGGAAUGUACGAUAGCGCGGCGACGUUUGCCAGACACUGUCGGCUUGAAGCUCGACUUUGUCCUGACAUCGCUAACGAUGAAAUGCCUUGA